AUGCGCACGCUGGCCGGGGUGGGGACGGGAGCCCCCGUGCUCCCCUGCCUCCUCCUGCUGCUCCUGAUGGUGACGAUGAUGAUGUCCCACUCAGCCUGCGCAGCCAUCCUGGAGGUGAACGGAAACCUGAGCUGCAGGUGCGUGAAGAUGACGUCGGACUUCCUUAGUCCGAAGAGGUACGAGAGCAUCGAGAUCCGGCCCCUGGGCAGCACCUGCCGACGCAUGGAGAUCAUAAUCAAAUUAAAAACCUCCGGGAAGGUGUGUGUGAAUCCCGAUGCCCCUUGGGUCAAGAAACUGCUGAAGCGCAUUGCUGGCAC